AUGAGCCCGUACGCUAUUCAUUCAACAAACUUUGAGGAGGUUCAUGUGAACGGAAGUGGGGGUUAUUCAAAUGGUGCAAAUGCGGAAUUCUUCCUCGACAACUUCGAAAAGGGAAACAGGUCGUACCUGCAGCCAACCGACGAGAAUGAGCUGCAUGAUCUUGUUUGUGUUGGCUUCGGUCCAGCUUCUCUAGCAAUUGCCAUCGCCUUGCACGAUUCCUUAGAGAAAGAGGGCCUAGGGAGCAGCGAGAAUGGCCCCAAGGUUGCGUUUCUCGAGCAGCAACCGCGAUUUGCAUGGCACGCGGGAAUGUUGCUUGAGGGCUCGAAGAUGCAGAUCUCCUUCAUUAAGGAUAUGGCAACACUGCGUAACCCGCGGAGCUCAUUCACCUUUCUAAACUACCUGCAUACCAAAGGCAGGCUUGUCCAGUUUUCAAAUCUCGACACAUUUCUUCCUUUGCGCAUAGAAUUCGAAGAUUACCUGCGCUGGUGUGCCGAGUGGUUUGACGACGUUGCUCAUUACAACCAAGAAGUGCUCGAGGUAAGGCCAGAGAAGUCCUGGAAAGGUACACAACAAAUAGACAGCUUUGCUGUGGUGUCUAGAAACAAGCAUACAGGAGCUAUAAGCACAAGGAAGGCCAAGUACGUGGUGCUGGCCGCCGGUGGCAGACCAAAUAUACCUCGAUUAUUUCCAGAGCAGCAUCCGCGCUUGCUGCACUCUUCUAAAUUCGCGUAUCAGAUUCAGAAUAUGUUACCGGAGCGUAAUGCGCCGUACAAAAUCGCAGUCGUGGGAGGAGGCCAAAGUGCGGCGGAAAUCUUCAACAAUCUUCAUAGCCGAUAUCCAAAUUGCCAUACCAGGUUGAUUCUAAAAAGCUUCGCUUUGAAACCUAGCGAUGACUCUCCUUUCGUGAACGAAAUCUUCGACCCUGACCGCGUCCAGCCUUUCUUCAACCAGCCUGCCGAGAAGCGUGCUGCGAUGAUUCUCAAUAAUCGUUUGACAAACUACGGUGUGGUCAGACUGGAACUAAUCGAACAUCUGUACGAGACACUGUACAUGCAGCGUCUUGUGCAACCAGACGAGGAGCGUUGGCAACAUCGGAUCUUGAAUAAUAGUAAUAUUGUUGCUGUGGACGCGGAGACCAGCGAGAGACUGACAUUGCAAAUUGAAAGAGACGGGCAACUGACCGGCCACGACUUUGACGCAGUCAUACUUGCCACAGGCUAUGCACGAGACAUGCACGAGGACUUCCUUGCACCAGCUAGAUACUUAAUGCCUGGUGGGGACGCACCUGGCAAGACUUGGGAGGUUGAGCGUGACUACCGGGUCAUCUUCGAAGAAGGAGCCAUAAGCUCCGAUGCAGGUGUUUUCUUGCAGGGCUGCUGCGAGAGCACACACGGUCUUGCCGACUCGUUGCUCAGCAUCCUAGCCGUGAGGGGCGGCGAGAUCGUCCAAUCGAUCUUUGGCAAUAAAUUUUCCAGAGACGCUAGAAUCGGCCAGUUCGACUCCAUUACGGGAGAACCAACCCUAGCCGUGAAGCCCAUCUACUAG